GAACCUCUUGCGAUCUUGAACCUUGGUUCAAGAACCCGCGAUCCCAUCAGCAUCUGCUUCUUUGUCUGCUUUCUGGUCAUCUUCGAGUAGUCGGCUCUCAGCAACACUAUUCCUUGUGUCAUCACAAUCACAGACCGGAUGUCUAUCACCGGCCCUCUGACCAGGGCACCUAACUUUCUGUUUCUUCUCGACACGGAACGCGUCUUGGAAACGACACAACAAGAUGGAGACGCUAACACAGAUGACGUAGACGAGUCUAAACGAGUCGUCACUGGAUUUGGGUUUCUCGGUCCCAUCGGCGACCUUGUCACAGGUGCUGUGACCGACGCAGUUAAGGCGGCUGUCGGCAUCAAUCCAGUCGCCGCAGGCGUUGACAUUAACCAGAUCAACCAGAUCAUCAAAAUGGCUCAGAGUGCAGGGCUUUCCGCAGCCCGGGUAAUCACCCCCGAGCAGGCAGCCAUGCUGGGCAUCAACUCAAGCCAGUUCUACAGCAUCAUCGGCGGGGCUGUAGGCAUGACAGCACAGCCCGUCCAGCAGACCGUCGCCCAGGCGGUCAAGAUCAACAAAGACUUCCCUAGCUUGUGGUUCGUCAACUUUCCUAAGCAUAUGAAGUCUCAGGACGUGGAUUUAGUGCAUCGCUCUCGGCAGAAUAUGACCGACUUCAGGUCCUGGUCAAGUCAAAAGUGGUGGGAGGAAGUCGCGCGUCGCGGUGGCGUGGCUCAAGACAUGUUCCAGCGAGCAAGGCAGAGCAAACUGUUUGCGAAGGUUGCCUGCGAGGACAUGUGUAAAAUGUCAUGGCUGCGCACGACGAAGCCACCCAUCAAUAUGAAUCGCAGCAUCCGAUGUAUGGCUAGAAUGCUUCAUCAGAAUAUCGUUUCGCAGGUGAUGAGCGACUGGGAGAGCGUUGAUCGCGAUAUAGUGGAUGCCGUAGAGCCACUUCUCCAGGAUAUUGUCCGCUCAGCACGGGCAGGCGCUAUUCCACAAGACACUGGCGAGCUGAAGGUGGUGAUCCUCGAGAAAUAUGAGUGGAACGCAAACGCUCGAAGCGUCACAUCUUACAUACGUCUCAUCUCAUUUGAGCUUAGCGAGGCCUUUUACAAAGUCAUCAGCAACAAGGGUGAUCCGACGAGCUAUGUCAGCGUAGACCUUGCGCUGCUUCAGUAUGAGGCAGUGUUCGAAAGCUCUCUCUGGAACCAGUUUGCUUCAACUCUCGAGAAAGACCAGAAAGAUCCUUUCCAAGAUUUCAUUAACCUGCAAACAAUCAACGUCACAUAGUGUGAUACAACACAGUACAACUGGGCCAGGCAUCAAUUUUAAAUAGGCAAU